AUGAGGUGUAGUUUGGGCGCGUAGAUCUCCAUCUCCACAGCCUACUACAUGGUUCUGUAGUCGACAUUGACGUUGACAUCGUCGUCAUAUUAUCGCUCGUGUUUCGGCAUCUCCCGAAAGCGAAACUGCAGGUUCAAGGCUAUAUCGGAACGAUAGAGGGCAGCAUUUGGCGGAACAGCGACCACAGCCAUGAGCUCAGGGAUUCAGCAGAGAAGCCUGUUAAGGCAAAUGCAGAGGGCUUGUCAAGGUAGCUCGAGCUCUGGCCUAAGACAACGCUCUGAACAACCAGAGCUGCCGUGUCGUCCGUCAAGAGCAGCAUACCAGAGCUAUUCGACCUCUCUUUCUGCUUCCAAACCUCCUAAGCAUGGCCAACCUCUGCGCUCGACCCAUCCUCAUCUCAUCAGAGAGGGGGAGUUGACGCCUGGAAUCACUGCUCAGGAAUAUGAAGACAGGCGCAGAAAAUUGAUGAAGGCUUUACCCGAGGGUAGCGUAGUGAUCUGCAUGGCUGGGACUGUCAGGUUGAUGUCGCAGUCGAUCUUCUAUAAAUUCCGCCAAGCUACCGACUUUUACUAUCUGAGCGGAUUCCACGAGCCUGACGCAACUCUGGUCUUGGAAUCCGAUCCGUCCUCUUCUCGCGGGUAUGAAUACACCUUGUUCGUCGCACCCAAAGAUCACGAGACGGAGCAAUGGGAGGGCAAUGUCACUGGACUUGAUGAUGCAGUGAAGAUCUUUGGAGCGGAUGAGGCCAAAUCCAUACGGUCUCUCGGGACUUUCCUUCCGACCUACCUGUCAAAAUCCAACGUCUACGCCUCUCUUCCACCUCUACCUUCACCUUCAUCUGCAUCCAAACCACCACACCCAUCAACGUCAAAGCGUACUCCGUCCUUACUCCGUUUUCUCUCGUCUAAUCGGGGUGGAUCAUCCACACACGAAGCCCCUCAUGUCCUCAUAGCUUCUGCUUUGACGGCAGAAACCGCCAAGCCGCUUGAGAAAGAGGUGCACAGGUUGAGGAUGAUCAAGAGUUUAGCAGAAAGAGCUCUGAUGAAGCGUGCUGCGGAUCUAAGUUCAGCAGCUUUCGUCGAGGUCAUGAAGGCUGCUAAACCUGGAAUCAGCGAAGCGACCUUGGCUGCUAUAUUUGAGUUUGAAUGUGCACUUGGAGGAUCAGAACGGCCAGCCUACGUCCCAGUGGUGGCUUCAGGUCCCAAUUCGCUCGUUAUUCACUACACGAAGAACGACUGCCUGGUCGACGACAACGAUCUCGUCCUCAUGGACGCGGGAUGCGAGUAUGCAAUGUACGCCUCGGACGUUACACGGACAUUCCCGGCUUCAGGCCGGUUCACCUCGCCUCAGAGGGAUCUCUAUGAAGCGGUCUUGACCGCUCAGAAAGGUUUGAUCAAGGCUUGCGAACUGGAGGCGAAACUAUCUUUGAAUGAGUUGCAGCGGAUGGCAUGCGCGUCUCUGGAAACGGAACUCAAGCAGAUCGGUUUCAAGAUUGGUCGUGGAGAUGUCCAACAUCGUCUCUAUCCUCACUUCAUUGCGCAUCAUCUUGGAUCGGAUCUGCAUGACUGUCCAACAGCAGAUCGCCAAGCGCCCCUGGUGGAUGGGAAUGUCAUCACCAUCGAGCCUGGCGUCUACGUUCCAGCGGACUCAGAUUUUCCGAAGCAUUUUCAUGGUCUAGGUGUCCGUAUAGAGGACGACAUCGCCUUGACAUCAGAUGGGCCUUAUAUCUUGUCCGCAAAUGCGCCAAAAGAGGUAGUGGACGUCGAGGCUGCCUGUCAGGCCAUCAUAUGAGAUGUGACCCACAUCUACAGCUACUUGGACAGGAAAGGAGUCGCAUGCUUCUCUGGAGCCGACUAAUUUUGCAUGCCCCUAUCCCUGCAGAGUUUCCCAACAGUCCAGAGUUAUAAGUCUGUUCGCUUCGCAUAAACUGCCAUACUGGGCUUCUUUCCCUCCUGCUUCAUCUUGAGGCUCGUGGCUUC